AUGCAACUUCCGUAUCGAUAUAUUAAGCCUGGAGCUGUCAUUCUUAUUUCUAUUACAAUUGCUUUGAUUAUUACAUUUAUUACAUGGAAUGGAGGGAACAAGAACAUUGAAUCAAAAGUUAUAGGACCCAGUAAACUCGUCCGUGACCACUUGAAUCUUGCCAAACUCUUCAACAUCAUUCAUCUCAACUGCGGAUUCUUAUCAGGUGAACUUACUAGUGAUGAGACAAUCGAUAAGACUUGGAAUCUCCCCGAUGAAGUCAGCACAUCAAAAAUUUUGUCAAUCGACUUGAAAAAACUGAGCAGAGAUUUGAAGGCACUGUUGAAAACUAUGGAAAAGACUCCUUGGUCGGAUGUCUCCUUUGAAAUAGAACGUUCCAAAAUUAUGGCUGGAUUUGAUGCCAUAGAUCAAAAAAAGCCAUUUCAACAUAUUGAAACAAGUGAAUUGGAAAGUGUCUUUAUGAUUAAUUGGCAGACAUUUUAUAACGGAAGCUCUGAAAUGUAUAAAAACAUUAAAGAUCUUGAAAACAACCAGACAGUCGCCGAUUUCAAAUUGGUCAAUCUCAACGCAAGUAAAUAUUUAACACAGUUGGAAGAUGUCCAUAAGAUUUUUAGUCAUUUUGGAAAACCAACUGUCAAUUCCACUCCAAUUAUUUCUGACGAUUUGUUCAAUAUCUUGGACCUCAAAGACCUAUCAAGUGCCGCACCUCAACUCGCACAUUUCAAACUUUUGAUUUCGAAAAUGUCAGAAUUGAAUCUGGUUUUUCCUCAGCUGAAAUUUCUGGAUACUUUCAUAGCAGCUUCGAAUGUACCUAGCGAGAUGCUGAUGGCCGACUCAACUGAUAUAUUUUCCAAUGAAGAAGGGUCUUUUCUCCGUAAGAUAUUCAAGAAUGAAGAUGGACUGAAGUCGUUGCUCAUCGCAAUUUCUCCUAUUGAUAAAUACGUGGCUGGGAUUUCUAGACUUGCAGAUGUGCUCCCCAAACAUCCAAUCAAACCGGAGAUAAUCAAUAGCUUCGUCUUGCAAAAAGAAAUCAAGAAAAACUUGAAGCUACUCGAGACAACUUUGAGACCCCAUGCAUGUUUUGAUCGAGACCUUAUUGACCGUUUAUCAAAGUUACCGAAUAAAAAUGAUGUCAAUCUGAAUCACAAGGCUUGGAGUGACGUCAUGAUCUCCUUGCAACAAAACUUUUACAUCCUAUUUUCCGAAAAAUUCAGGGAAACCUAUCAAAAUUCCUCUGAGAAAUUACAAGCGGAAAUUCAUAACAUAACAGGCCCAUCCUUAAACACGCUGGUGUCCAACGAGAAUUUCGAAACAGUCAAGACUUUCGUUUUCGAAAUGAAAAAGUUCUCGAAAACAAUGAUGAAUUACACAUUGUCGUACUCUAAAGAGAAAGAGAAGGUCAGAAUUGAACGGAAAGUUUUUCAAGACUGGAUAAACUCCACCCUCUUCGACAAUUCAUAUCCCACGUGCCUCGAACAAGAGCUCGAUUUUCCCAUUCUCCACACGUUUUCUUCUUUUCAUAAAACUAUUGGAAUCUUGAGAGAUGGUUCUGAAAUUGAAAAUCUCAUUCGAAAUUCCAUCCGCUCAAUGCGACAGGCUCAGGAUCUUAUUCGAGAACUAACAAGAGUGUCAACUCGAAUAUCUAGAUUGCCAGCAAGUCACAAUUCCAAUGAAUUAUGUCAGAGAAUGAAAAAGAAGAAGUUAUUAGAAUUCGAGCAAGGAGUGGAGUAUCUGAAUCUGAAGUUUGAAGUGUUGAAGCAAAAGAAUCAAGUCCAGAAUCUCUCCAGUUAUGAGGAUGUUGUUGUGCAACAUGCUAGUACUAUUAAGGAUAGGAAUCAUCGAAAAUAUAUGAUUGAGGACUAUUUCCAGUAUCUGAAAGCGAAUGAGCCGAAUAUAACGGAAAUGUUUCAACAGAUUGAGAACUUGGAGCAGAUUCAUCUCACAGAAGACUGGAAUAGUCUGUCGAGUCUUUCGAGGAUUUAUGAGAUGGCUGCUGAGAUAACGAGUCCAAUGGAUUGGGUGGGUAUGAAUGAAGUGAUGGAGGAAAUUGUGAUGGAAGGAGAGAAUAAUACAAAUCUGACGUAUGCUUUGAAAAUAACAAGGGAGUUGGCGAAGAUGCCGGUGGAUUUGGAUUUGGAGCAGGUUGCAUUCAAAGAUUCUAAAAAGUCGUUGAAAGAUACGGAUAAGGAUUUCAAUGAAUUCUUUGAGUGGUCCAAACCAAAACCGAUUGGGAGUUGGAAAUCAUUCUUCAAAAAUAUUCUUAUCAUCAUUACUUCUGCACUUCUGUUAAUUGGAACUAUUGUGUUUUUGAUCCUGAUGGCAAGGCAGCCAAGUGGAAAACGGAGACUUACUGCAGAGGAUAGAGCCAGUGAUCCUGAUUUUCAAGUUAACGAGAAAAACGAACCAGUCUGGUCACAACUUCUUCAAACAAGUCGUUUGGCGAUAAAUCAGAGAGAUGAAAAUGGGUAUACACAGUUGUUUUUGGCAGUUGAAUACAAAGAUUAUGAGCUGGCGAAGGCUCUCAUUGAGCAAGGAGCAGCGAUUGAUGCUGCGUGCGGUCCAAAACAUCGAUCUGCUCUCCAACAAGCUUCGAAAUGUGGAGAACGGAAAAUGGUGGAGCUGCUUCUUAAGAGCGGAGCUGAUCGGAAAUGCAGGGAUUCAGAAGGAAAGAAUGCUAAACGAUUGUGCUCAUCGCAAAAUUAUACAAAGUCGGCGUUCGCCAAAUACUACAAUUAUAAACAUAUUCAACAAAUCCCAUGUCUUAAACGAGAUUUCUAUGUGCUUAUUGUGGAGCGUGCGAGAUUUGAUGAGAGACUGUUGGAAUUCUUGCCGGAUGGAAUGGAAGUGGUGUACGGUUAUAGAGAAGGAGAAGUGGACCUUGGCGACUUCACUCAUUUUGUAAUGGGUCCGAGUGCUGAGGGAGCGAAAGAUAUCGUGAUGGAUUUGAAUCAUAUGCUUACUUUUGAGAUUCUAUCGAAACCCGGAGUGAUUGUUUCAAUGGAAUGGUUGUAUGCAUGCAUUGAUGACACGAAUCAAAUGUUUGCUGACUGGAAGUUUCUUCUAACUGACGUUACAUUUGAGGAGAAAACUCAUCAUGAUGUGAUAACUAGGAUCAAGAAUGAUAUUCAUCGAUUGAGACCACCACUUCUCCACGACUGCGAAAUCACCAUCUUGCCAACAAGAAAUCGUAUUAUGAAAGCAGAUCGUGAUAUUUGGAUUCGUAUAAUCGAAAGUUUCGGUGGAAAAUACACAACGUCUCCAUAUCCAGCAUUACCAAAUCAACCUCCCUAUCACUAUACUCGAGAGAAAAUGGCGCCAACAAUCACUCGUUCCAUCGUUUUGUAUUUCGGAGAUAGUGUCAUUGAAGAACGAUGGACGUGGCCUGAGAACUGUAUUUCUUUGAUUGGAAUGGGAUGGCUUCCGGAAUCGAUCGUUCGGUACCAACUUCUUCGACCAGAUGACCGAUGCUUGAGUAACGAGCCAGAUUUCAUGAAAUUACAGAUGAUUAGGGACAUCUGA